AUGGGCAUAGACUGCUCAACCGUAACUCGAAUCGAAGACUUGUCCGUUGGAAUUUUAAUAGAAUUUUUUGAUUAUUUUACAGCUGCUGAAAUCUAUUUGUCAUUUUCUCAGGUGAAUAGCCGUCUCAAGGAAAUCAUUAAAUCAUUACCAUACUUAACUUUAAUGGCCAAUGAUCAUUUAGAAACAAUUAUUUCGUUUUCCCACUCGUUCACAGCAAUCCAUUUUGAUGUUCGUCAUUUAAGAGGAUACCGCUUUCGGCAGCCUUAUGUCACACAAGGUGGAAAUUGUUUACUUCAAGCUUAUCCUUCAUUAGAUUCUGAUUGGUAUCCCCUACUGAUAAAUGAGCUAGAAAAUAUAAUUUGUCCUGAUAUUUGUUCUCAGCUACGAUCACUUAUCUUGCCAGCAAGCUCAUCAAAUCUGGUUCAAUUUAUAUUUAGUGGUCAUUUUCCUCACUUGGAAAUAUGUCAUCUUGGUAGGAGUGAUCCAGUCCCUUUUUCGCUAUCGGUAAAUACUCGACUAGAAAAUCUUCAGCAAUUGGCUAUACGACAACAGUAUGGCAAUGAAUUUGAGAAAAUCUUAUCGUUAUGCCCUUCUUUAGAUUAUCUUGUCUUUUUGUGUGACGAUGUAAUACCUCAUUUGACUUUGAAAAAUGGUUGGUUUCUGUCUAUGAUAUACGUUCGACUUGGUCGUCUCCGUGAGUUUCUAUUUCACAAUGGUCAAUUCGAUUUUCUUUUUUCACUCUUUUUCAAUUUGCGAGAAUUUCAUAUUGUUGUUAAUCAAUGUCGUCAACAUCUUGAAAUAAUUGAAUUCGAAGAAGUUGCAAAUAUUAUAUGCCACCGACUUCCUUCGUUGAAAAUAUUAGAUUUACGUAUUUUUACAGUGAGUUCUAUGCGCUAUACAAAUUCUCGAUGCUGUUUCCAGAAAACUGCUCAAAUGCAUCGUCUUUUAAAUAUAUAUUUCAAUGCUAUUCACUUAUAA